CAUCAACUAACAUAUAAGCAGUGCUCUGUGUUAUAACCCGCAUCUUAAGGCAAUCUAACGAUGACUAACUCACUUAUCUAGAAAAUUCUUAAAAUCACAGGAAGCGUGUUGUGGUGCACCAUAUCGAAAUGCGCACCAUGUAUACAGAACAUUUGUUUGUAGUUUGUGAAGUGGAAAUUACAGUGAUUUAGGAGGAAUAAGCAGCGAGGAUGAAAAGAACAGUAGCAGUACUGCAGGGGUUGCUGUUAGUAACAUCGACUUAUUCUCGAGUAUCGACAUGUAGAAAAGAAAAUCAACAGGCUCUUUAUUACAUCUACAAUGGAAACGUAGAGACUCAUUCUUUUUACUGCUUUCGUAACGUUGACGAGAACUUCAAAUGUGAAAAUUUUAAUAAUGGUAAACCAGUUACAAAUCAUUAUCAAGACAUCCUCUCGAAGUGCCGGCAAAAAAACGAAGGUAUAAAUAGUAAUUUAGGAAUAAAAGUCAAGCUGUGUCAAGUACCAGCCCGAGUCAACUUGCUCCAAAAUAAUAUCACGCUCGUCAGCAACAAAACAUGUCGGUAUAAAGAAGAAAGCUGUUAUGAUUCAGUUGUUGGAAAAUACGUAUUUUGGGAUUACAAAGAGAAUUGUCAAAAUCUAAUUCGAAUGUACAAUGAUAUGGUGGAUGUUUGGAAUGUUGGGCAAAAUGAAAUGAAAUUUAUUCGUAAAAAUCGAGUUAGUUUAUUAUUAACAGAAAGAACUAAACUAUGCGAUACUGAAGUAUGGAAAACCAACCACAAUGGUAUUGUAGUUUCAACAAACUAUAUUAAGGCAGUAAAAGGAAACUUGUUGACAUUUCAGGAUGUUCUACCAGAAGCUUGUAGCACGAACUCUUUUUUAAAACAGGGCGUUGACACAAAAAAAUCGUGGUAUAUUUACAAAUAUACUUCCACCGUUACGAUUUUUUACUGUUUUUGGAAUUACCAAAAAUUUUGCCGAGAAAUAGGAUACGAUGAAGUUAACCCAAAAUAUAACUCGAGUAGUUUGUCGACUAAGUGCAGGGAAAAGUUUUUUGGAUUUAGAAAUAGUACAAAUCCAAAGGUGUGUGAGAAGAUACAAAUAGUUGAUUUAAUGAAAGACACAGCGGAAGGCCUUCCUUUAGAUUGUAAAUACAGUUCUGGGAUCUGUAACCAAUAUCAUGCAUUUUGGACCUAUACCGACCUAUGCAAUUCUAUUCAGAAAGAGUAUAUUGGCUACGAAAAGGAGGUUGCAAGUCCAAAGCAUACAACUCUAACGGAUAAUUCCAUCGAGUUGACUUUACUCAGAGAAACAAAACUGUGUGGAGAAUCCGUUUGGGUCACUGACAAAGACGGUCUUGUGGCUUCGGAAAAAGAUCUACAGUUUCCCCAAUCGACCAAUAUAGUUUUCCCGGAAGAAAGUGGAGAAAUUGAAAGAGACAAUAACCAACAGCAACUCGUGAAUUUUGAAACAAAACCACCACCUUCCCAUUUCGCCAACACCGCUUCUCCACCUCACAAUAAAAAAAAUAAAAACAGACCCCUUGAGACAGCUGUGGUGCCUCAACAACAUGAGGAAAGUGACAACAAUAAAGAACAUCACUUGUCUCUUGAAAAGAAACACGAGGAUGAGCUUUCCAAAACCGUCGAGUCUCAGAAAAAAGAGAUCAGCUACCUCCAAAGUUUGCUGCGCUUCCUGAUAUUCCUUACGUCCCUCUGGAUUUUCUGGUGCAUCUUCAACGUGGCAGUAAACUUUGUAUCAUUGAAGAAAUUAAACAAAGGUCAAGCUUCCAGAAACCAGGCCUAUCUCGUGAACUGCGUUUCUCAGAGCUUAACAACUCGCUACAUCUUCUUCACUCAGAAACACAUGAACAACACAGAAGGAGGUGUUGGUGGUGUAAACGUAUCCGUGGAUAAUGAGUUGUAUAACAAGCCGGUAUCAUAUAACAUGCACGAGUAUCCCACAGCGUUCAAAUAGAUAGCAGGGGAUAUAAUUUUUAUCUCAUUAGUUUAGUUUAAGUGUAUUCCAAUAAUAAUCAAUAAAGCAGUAGUGUAGACUAAAAUAAAUAGAAGUUCGUAAAAAAAAUCAUAAGCAUUAUCUAGUAUAUUCUAAUGACAACGAAUUUUAAUUGAUUUCACGGCCCCACGGGAAAAAAAUGUGUGGUAGAACUGGACCGAUACCAGCGUUGCCAGACGUCCCGAUUUUGGCGGGACGUCCCGAUUUUAAGCCCAAAAUUAAAUGUCCCGCGCGGGGAAGGAUCGGUCGAAGGGUAGUACAAUAGUAAAGUAACGUAUUUUUAUUAAAAUAUAUUUUCUAUGGCAAUCAUUUUUAAUUUGAAACUCAAAUAAAAGGAUAAGUAGUUAAAAACUGUUGAUUAUACAGGUUGU